AUGCCUGCUUUUCCAGAAGAACCACUUCUAGCUCCAAACCCAGAUCGCUUCUGUAUGUUCCCAAUUCAAUACCCUAAAAUCUGGGAAAUGUACAAAAAGGCAGAAGCUUCUUUCUGGACUGCAGAAGAAGUCGACCUCUCCCAAGAUCUUCACCACUGGAAAUCCCUUACCGACGGCGAACGCCACUUCAUCUCCCACAUUCUUGCCUUCUUUGCCGCCUCCGACGGCAUCGUCUUGGAGAAUCUCGCCGGAAGAUUCAUGAAAGAAAUUCAAGUUUCAGAAGCACGCGCCUUCUACGGUUUCCAGAUCGCGAUCGAGAAUAUCCAUUCCGAGAUGUAUAGUCUACUUAUCGAAACGUAUAUCAACGAUAACACCGAGAAGAAUCGUUUGUUUCACGCCAUUGAUACAAUUCCUUGCAUCGCUAAGAAAGCUGAAUGGGCGUUGAAAUGGAUCGAUUCGUCCGAUUCAUUCGCUGAGAGAAUCGUUGCUUUCGCGUGCGUUGAAGGUAUAUUUUUCUCUGGAAGUUUCUGUGCAAUUUUCUGGCUUAAAAAGCGCGGUUUAAUGCCUGGAUUAACUUUUUCAAACGAGCUUAUUUCGCGUGACGAAGGUCUUCAUUGUGAUUUUGCUUGUUUGAUUUAUUCGCUUUUGAGGAAGAAACUGAGCGAGGAGCGCGUGAAGAUGAUUGUGCGGGAUGCAGUUGAAAUUGAGAAAGAGUUUAUUUGUGAGGCGCUUCCUUGUGCUUUGGUUGGGAUGAACGGAGAGUUGAUGAGUAAGUAUAUUGAGUUUGUUGCAGAUAGAUUGUUGUGUGAAGUUGGGUGUGGGAAAGUCUAUAAUGCUGAGAAUCCUUUUGAUUGGAUGGAAUUGAUAUCGCUUCAAGGGAAAACUAACUUCUUUGAGAAGCGCGUUGGAGAGUAUCAGAAAGCUUCUGUGAUGAAUAGCUUGACUGGGAAUGCUGCUGCUCAACAUGUCUUCAACAUGGAUGAAGAUUUUUAG